AUGGUCUCAAACAUGUUGAAGCUUAUGUUGUGCUUGUUGGUUUUAAAGUCCUUGCAUCUAACAUCCUCAGGUCAAAGAUGCAAGGAAAAACUCUUCCCUGCCCAUAAGGUUUAUGACAAUUGUAAAGAUCUUCCUCAUUCGUCCUCUUUCCUCCAUUGGACUUAUUCAGAAGCGAUAGGAGAUUUGGACAUAGCAUUUAGACACACUGAAAUCGCGUCUAAUAGAUGGGUUGCGUGGGCUAUAAAUCCAAAAAAUAACAUCAACAAUGCAAUGAUUGGAGCACAAGCUUUAGUUGCUAUCCCUCAAUCCAAUGGUAAUGCAAAGGUAUAUACUUCUUCAAUUACUAGCUAUAGCAUCAAUUUGGAAAAUAGAAGCAAUAUUAUUUAUCCUUAUAUUGGUUUGAUAUCUACCUAUCAAAAGAGUGAGGUGGUGAUUUAUGCAACUCUUACUCUUCCUAUUGGCACUAAAUCUUUGGUUCACCUUUGGCAAGAUGGUCCUCUUGUGGAUUCUGUCCCUCAAAUGCAUGAACUAGAUUAUCCUCAUCUCCAUUCUAAGGAGGUCUUGCAUUUGGUUUAA